AUGCCGCCGACAUCGAGAGGAAAGCCGGCAAAGGCCUACAAGGUCGUCAAGCCGAAGAAGAACACGAAACGCACGACCAUAUCCACCCGCAACCACCGCUUCCAGUCCUUCAACGAGCGCAUCUCGAAUUUGAAGAUCGAUCCGGUUCGCCGCAAGAGACAUGUGGACGCUCAAGAGGAGGCAGUCGAGGAGUCACAUACACACUUUGGGUCAUCGCUGGAAGAAUGGAGGGAUACAAACCUUUCGCAUACGUUCACGACGUUUGCGAAAGAAGUUGCGCCGCUAUGCGAUAAUCUGCCCGUCGUUCUCUACAACGAGAACAAGAUCAUGGACCUUUUGGUCAAGUACAUCGACAAAGGCGACGCACUUGCGAUGGAGCCAAUUCUUACUCUGCUGGCGAAAUUUGCGCAGGACCUGGACGAGCGUUUCGAAAAACACUUUGAACGUGCUGUGGCCACUGUCACCUCUGUCGCGGCCAAGCACAGUGAUUUCGCUGUGAUCGAAUGGAGCUUUACCUGCCUCGCAUGGCUGUUCAAAUACCUCUCGCGACUGCUAGUCCCAGAUCUCAGACCCUUGUACGAUCUUCUGGCGCCGUAUUUUGGCAAGACUACGCACAAGCCGUUCAUCAUUCGAUUCACGGCAGAAGCGAUGAGCUUCUUGCUCAGAAAGGCAGCAACAGUGUAUCAGCGAGAUUCUAAACCUCUGGACACACUUAUCGAACAUAUGCUGAGCGACCUCGAAGCUACCAAGGAGAGCUCUUCCUUGGAUUUGUACAAGCAGGGUGUUAUGACUUUGCUGACGGAGGCAAUCAAAGGUGUUCAAGGCGGCAUCCACAACAGUGGUGCCGUUGUACUGCAGAGCUUGUUUAAGCUUGCGGGAGAGUCAUCAAAAGCUGGUAGCACUGUUGUAGGGGAGACCGUUACGGGCACUUUGACGAGCUUGAUACACCAUUGCAAGUCGAGUACUUUUCAGCCUGUCUUGGACGGCCUGCUCGCCUACGUGAGUGACAGUGCACCUUCGGCGACCGGCCCCCACAUUUCCUUCUGCUCAGACCUUCUCUUCACGAUCGUAUCCGUCCGGAAGGGUACCCGGGUCUCAGACUGGAAGAAGAUGAUGCAAGCGGUUCAGGAACUGAUCGCCCGGUGUGAUCAACUGCCGGGCUCUGAUGAGCGAGCGAGGACGUCGGCACUUGCUUUGCUGUCAGUAUCUCUACAAACUGCGACAAUUGACGCAGUACUGGCAUCGAGGAAGACGCUCGAGAUUGUACGGGGCGGCAAGUGGCAACCGUACUUCCUCCGAUUCUGCGACAUGGUCGCACGAUUCGGUACUGAGCGAUUUCGCGAAUUUGUCCUACCGCAUUUCCAAAAGUUUGUGCUUGACCACGCGCAGACAGGGGAUGAUGCUCUGUACUCACUCAUCCCACGUCUUGCCGGAGGAAAGAGCGAUUCAAAGCUCAAACCAUCGCCACAGAUGGUCAAGUCUUUGCAAGAGACCCUGGCCGAUUUUGCUCAAAACAGGAGCCAGAAUGGCUCCACGGAAAGACUCGCUGAAGCAAACCAAAAACUUGCGGCGUUGCCAUAUCUCGCUGUCGACGGACAGCAUUUGACGGCAAUAACAAAUCACCUUCUGACAAUCGUCGAGGCUGCACUAAGGACUCCCAGGGACGAUCAACCGCAGUUUUCUGACUUUGCGCUCGGUGCGGCUUUCCACCACCUUCUCGACCACGCCGGCAGUGAGCCGUCUUUGCAACACCUUUGGCCUCAGCUCUGCGGGAGCAGCAAUGCCUUCAUUGGCCGGGAACAGUUCUGGACGAACCUGCUCCGCUAUCUCAAGCUGGUCAAACCUGCGCAAACCGAACAUUCCCAAGUCGCCACCCUAGAAGACGCCUUAGUGGCGUGCCUCUCCAUGCCGUCCCACUCAAUCCGUCAGGAUGCAAUUGAUAUUCUGCAAAAGCUUUAUCAACUGCGGGGUGAAGACGCCCCCAGUGUGCUGUCCAUCAUAGCAACCAUCGAGUCUGUGCCCGUUUCCCUCGAUACCAGCCGGACCAUCUCAAUGAACAUUCGGCGACUGGUGCCGGAAUAUGCAGCUUUGGCAAACGGAGAUCUGAUGAAAAGAGCCAUUCCAACAUACUGCUUCGGCCUUCUGCACGUCCACCUCUCUCAAGCUUGGGAAGACUCCAUGGUGGCUUUGUCCGCAUUCUCGGAGGAGAAGGCUGGCGAAGAGGUCGUGAUUUCCAUAGCAGAAUCGUGGCUCAACGGCAAGCCGGACACCGAACCAGAUGAGUCUGAUGCCCCUUCGUUCAUGGACAUAAACUCGGACUGGUUCAAGGUAUUUUCCGAUUUUGAGUGUCCAAAUUUCGCCAGGAAUGCGGCCAUUCGAAAGCAGGUAUUCGAGGAACCCAUGAGCGGCGUCUCAUCGGCAUUGCAAAAGCUGUCGCAUGACUUGCGACCAGUAUCAGUCUUCACAGCGACUGCACGGAACCAAGCACUCAAUGUACUGGCCAAGAUUCCUCAUAUUGCCGAGAAACGUUCACGACUAUUGGUGCCUGUGUUGUUGAGAUGGGCUGGCUCUCAGGGUGACGAUGAAGAUAGCGAGUCAACUGCCGAGAGAUGGUCGCGUAAAGACCAGAAAGCCAUGCUGGGAAUUUUUGCACGCUUCGUGAAUCCCAGGGUCUUAUACAAGUCACAGGAGGUGUACGAUGCAUUGCUCUCCCUGUGCGCCAACGGCGACGUUGAGAUCCAGAGAUCUGCGCUCAAGGCCGUGCUGGCAUGGAAAGAGCCAGCGGUCAAACGCUACGAAGAGCACUUGCUGAACCUACUCGAUGAAGCUUGUUUCCGCGAGGAACUGUCCGUCUUUUUGAGAGAUGAAGCAGAUGACGAGGACGACGCUAUCAGGCCACAAGACCAUGCUCAGCUCAUGCCGGUCCUGCUUCGCCUGCUAUAUGGCAGAGCUAUUGCUGGUGGAAAAGAAGGACAAUCAGGACGCAGGAAAGCCAUAUUUGUGGCAUUAUCUCGAUUCGGAGAGCUUGCACUGGGACAGUUCGUGGACAUUGGACUUGCCGCUGUGAUCGAUCAAACUGGUGCACCCGGAGAAGUGACCCUGCACAACGCCAAGGCACCCCUGAGACAACAAUUUGGUAUGCUCAACAUGGUCAACGACAUGCUGCACGUCCUUGGAGCAGAACUCGAAACGUCCACUUCGAAGCUGAUGAGCAGCAUAUUGUCAUGCGCAGUUUGCGCUUCGCAGAGGCUCGAAGACUCCGAUCUUGACAAGGAUAUGUCAUUGCUGCGCUCAGUCCGUCAAGCUGCAUUGCAGUGUCUUGUCAAGAUCUACACGAGCAUGACCCCGGCGUCACUUGAGCCUUACGGGACGAUCAUAGUCAACAAACUGGUCACUUCGCGUUUGAGCACUUUCGUCGCCGAGAAUGCUCAGUCUUUAUCCGGUCUCCUGCGACUUUUUGCUUCUUGGGCCGAACACGAAACUACUGCACGGAUCUUUGCAGCUCAGGGGGUAAGUAUGCUCGAGGCCGUCGCACUUCUUCUCGAAGGCCAACACACAAAGUCAGAAGUGCGGCUAUUCAUUCUCCAGGAGAUUGUGGAGAAGUUGACCGAAGAGGAUAUGGACGCAUCUAUUCUCCAACCGCAUGUCUCCAGCUUUGUCAAAGCUGUCGGGACUACCAUUGACCAGCAACCGUCAAAAGAACUCUUAGACGCAUGCGUGAAGUCAUUUUCCCAGCUCGCAGGAAGAAUCACAUCACCUGACGAGGCAGCUAAUGUCACAAAGACUUGCGGCGGACUGCUAACCAAACCAAACAAGGCAGUGUCACCCUCCACCAAAACCGGCCUUCUGCGGACACUGCUACCUCUCAUUGACCAGUUCGCUGUGACUGGAAGAGACGAGCUGUAUUCAACAGUCUCGGCACUAUUCUCUCGAUUGCACGACAGCGAAAGCCGCCUUUUGCUUUCACAAGUGCUCAAAGCCCUGGUGAAAGGCGACGCUUCUCUCUCUGAAGCGGCAAACACAUGCGAAGAUAUGAAUGCCAUGGGGAACAGGUUGGACGAGGUUGAUCAUGACCGUCGGGAACGUGCCUUCGCCUGGGUCUACGACGAAGCACCGUCUCUUUCCCUGGCACAGUGGCAACCCAUUGUUCACAACUGCCUGUUCUACAUCAGGGAUCCUGAAGAUCGAGUCAACAGAUCUAGCGCUUGCCAUGCUCUACAGCUGUUUGUUGAUGCAGCAUCUCAGGCGUCCGAAUCGAGUCCGUGGAUGUCUGUCCUAGAUGAGGCUGUGAUGACGGGCAUUGAGCGUGGUAUGCGACAGACGUCCGAGCUCGUUCGAGCAGAGUACCUUCAGGUCCUCGGUCAUAUUGUGGAGAAGCUCUCAGAGUGGCCCCGUGUCGGUGGCAUGAGAACGCUUGUCGUUGGUGGAGACGACGAGGCGUCUUUCUUCAGCAACGUGCUGCACAUUCAGCAACAUCGUCGGCUUCGAGCCCUGAGACGUCUUUCUGAUGAAGGUUCGAACCUGGCGUCGAAUGCUGUCUCGCGUAUCUUCCUGCCACUCCUCGAGCAUUUUGUGUUCGACCAAAUCGAGGGAGACUCUGGCAGAACGCUGGCAGACCAGACUGUGCAAACGAUAGGUUCUCUCGCGAAGGUCCUCAACCGAUCGGCAUUCCGUGCCACGUUUCAACGGUACACCGGCUACCUCAAAUCCAAGGCCGAACUGGAAAAGAUAGUUUUGCGACUGCUAGGCGCCCUGGUGGAUGGUAUGCACAACACUUCGACUGGAGACCACAGCAGCUCACGGACCGUCAUCGAUGAUUACCUGCCACCUUUGCUGGAAUAUCUUCAUCAGAAAGAUGAAUCGACAGUUGAUCGACGAAUGCCUGUCGCUGUGACAAUCGUGAAACUGAUGAUGGCACUGCCAGAUUCAGAUCUCAUCGCGCGCCUUCCAGCAGUCCUGACAGAUGUAUGCCACGUCUUGAGAAGCCGUGCGCAAGAAGCCCGUGACCAAACAAGAAAAGCUCUGGCUUCAAUUUCGGCGCUGGUUGGAAACAGAUUCUUCGGCUUCAUUCUGAAAGAGCUUCGAAGUGCUCUCAAGCGUGGUUAUCAGCUACACGUCCUUUCAUUCACUGUGCACUCGUUGCUCGUUGAAGGGAAAUUUGAACCAGGCGAUCUGGAUGAGUGCCUGCCCGAUCUUAUGCUGGUCAUCAUGGACGACAUUUUCGGUGUCACUGGUCAAGAAAAGGACGCGGAAGAAUACAAGAGCGGCAUGAAGGAGGUCAAGAGCAGUAAGAGCUUUGACACGAUGGAGUUGCUCGCCAAGACCACGCUCGUGCCCAAACUUGGUGAGCUCGUGAGGCCUAUCCGAUCUCUCUUGUCCGAGAAGCUUGAUCUGAAGACCGUGAAGAAGAUCGACGAACUCCUGGCGCGUCUUCGCAAGGGCUUGGAUCAAAAUCCAGCAUCUGACAGCAGAGACAUGCUCUCGUUCUGCUGGGAAAUUGUUAGUCGUGUCUACGCCGAGGAAUCAGCCAAACCUGCGGAAGAAGCCAAGGUUGACGAGCGAGCCAAGAGGUACCUGAUCCAGCCCGAAGAGCCCAAGAAAUCGAAGAACAAGGGUGCUACGACAUCUUAUCGCUUCAAGCUGAUCAGCUUUGCCCUGAACCUCCUGCGCAAGGUUGUGCGGCGGCAUGAGGACUUGCAGACUCCUCAGAACAUGGCUGGCUUCCUACCAAUGGCAGGCGAUGCACUUAUCCAGGGACAAGAGGAGGUCAAGCUUUCAGCUAUGAGGCUGUUCUCGACGAUCAUGAGGGUACCGCUCCCCCAACUUGAGGCCAACGCUCCGGUAUACGUCCAAGAAGCGGUCGCCAUCAUCAAAGGAGCGCCAAGCAUGAGCACCGACGCGGCCAAAGCUGCUCUUGAGCUCAUCACGUCUGUACUCCGGGAGAAGCGCUCAGUAGGCGUCAAAGAAAAGGACGUAGCGCUUGUGCUCAAACGCAUCAAGACGGACAUUGACGAGCCAGACAGGCAAGGCAUCAUCUACAAGUUUCUGCGUGCUACACUUGGCCGCAAGAUUGUCAUUACUGAGAUGUAUGAGACGAUGGACGAAGUUGGCAAGGCCAUGGUGACUAGCCCCGACCGCAACAUCAGAGAGAGCGGAAGGGGUGCGUACUUGCAAUUCGUCAUGGAAUACCCACAAGGCAAGGACAGAUGGCAGAAGCAGACCUCAUUCCUGGUCGGCAAUUUGCAAUACGAGCAUGCCGCGGGUCGACAAAGUGUCAUGGAGUUCUUGAACCUCAUGCUAGGCAAGAUUGGAAGCGAGGUACUGGCCGAAAUCAGUUCGCGGAUUUUUGUGUCCUUGUUGCCAGUGUUGAUUGGCGACACGGAUGAUUCUUGCCGUGACAUGGCUCGCAUCCUGGUUGCUAGACUGUUCGAGCACGCUGGCGAUGCACAGCUCGCUCAGUCCCUGUCUCUGAUGGACACCUGGCUGAAGAAGGAGAAAAAGUCGACUAUCAAGGGCGGAGCAUUACAAUGCUGGGCAGUGCUGUUGCGCACGAGGCAGUUGCCAUUGAAGAGACUGGAUGGCCUCCGUGAAAAGAUAGAGGAUAUCAUCUCUGACUGCGCUGAGGAGGACACCAUCGCCGAGCCACAGGUCAUCCGAGACAGCCUCAGGACAUUUGCCGUUCUGGUGGAGACCGCGCCUGCGGUAGGGUUCUCCAAAGCUUCAGUAAAUCUGUGGCAAGCCAUACAGCGCAUCCCGUCAUCCGACGAUGUGGAAGUACAGGAGCACGUUGCUUCUCUGCUAGGAACAUUCUUCACGGAUGUUGCGAGUACAUCCUCGAAGACUGCCGACGGUCUUGCAGGAUUGCCCCUCCGAGGCUCAGGUGGUCUAGAGAUUGGUGCAGAAGACAUGCGUCGCCUUUGCAGUGUCAACCUGCGCGCUCUCCGAGCAAUUUCCUUGGCCACAAGCCAAACUCUUACGACACAAAUUGUGCGCAAUCUGGUGUUUAUGGGCCGAUGCUUUGCUGCUAAUGAGAUGCCUUGGACCGACCACAAUCGGGAGAGCGAUAACGAAAUUGAGGCCGCUGAUGAGGACGAGGCAGAAGAGGAUGCUGCACACGCUGAGAGCGAUAACUCAUCUGCCCUCUCUCACCUCCUGCGUCGACUAUCGUCCAUGCUCAUGGCCGACAAGUUUUCCAUCAUGUCCCGCACGGCGACAUUGCAGACUCUCGCGGCCCUUUUGCACCAGUUGACUUCUAUCCCCAACUUGCAGACUGUUCUCCGACCACUCUACGCUCUCACAGACCCCAGCGUGCCGAAACCACCUGGCGAGCUGCACAAGGCGUUGGAAGACAAGGCAAACGAGACCCUGGAACUGAUCCAGAAGAAGAUCGGACCUGAAGUCUAUGUCUCCGCUCUAGCGGAGACUCGAAGCAAGACGAGGGAGAGACGAGAUGAGAGACGACGAAAGAGGCGAAUUGAAGCUGUCAGUGAACCGGAGCGAUGGGCCAAGGACAAGAAGAAGAAGUACGAAGGCAAGAAGCUCAAGCAGAAGGCUAAGGGUAUGGAAGCUAGAGGGAAGAGACGGGGAUGGUAG